AGCUCCUGUGAAUCCACAUCUCAGGGAGUUCCAGUGUGGCUUCGAGGACGAGGCGUUGUGUUUGUUCUCUCAGGACAAAACCGAUGAGUUUGACUGGACGCGUCACAGCGCCGCCUCACGAGACACCAAAUACACCCCCAACACCGGGCCGAGCUCCGACCACACCGGCUCCAAGCAGGGUUUCUACAUGUACAUUGAGACGUCAAGGCCGAGGCUGGACGGAGAUAAAGCUCGGCUGCUGUCUCCCACCUUUAACAUGAACUCCAAGAGCUCCACCUCCGCCGCCGUCAGCAACAACCCCGCCUACUGCUUCGCCUUCUUCUACCACAUGUACGGGAAACACAUAGGAGCUCUGAACGUCUUCCUGCGACAGAAAGGACAGACGGUGACAGACACCUCCAUCUGGACUCUGACUGGUAACCAAGGAGACCGCUGGAGACAAGCCAAGGUCAACCUCCACCCAACCGCAGCCUUCCAGGUGCUGAUGGAGGGGGUGCGAGGCUCCGGUAUCGAGGGAGAUAUCGCCAUCGAUGAUGUAACCAUCGAGGAGGGCGAAUGUAAAGACCCACCCCCCAACAAUCUAAGGUCACUGGCCCCGCCCUCUUCACCCCAUAUAUGGCAGCUGUGCAUCACCCUGAGUCUGGUUCUGAUUGGCCAGCAGAGGUGACCCCCCCCACCCCUCUCUGUACGAAACCACGACCUUUAACCCCCCCCCCACACACACACACACACACACACAAACAAAACCCCCGACCCCAAUCACCCCAAUCCCUGAUGAAACCAAACUGAUGAGAAACUUGAACAAACAUCAGAGAAGAACGAGCUGAAAGUCAGAAACAUCUUUAAACAUUUAUUUAACGUCGACUUUUUAGUUUGGUUCAUGUCCCAUCUGCUAACAUGGAGGAGGAGGGGUUAUGAUCUAUACUGCAGUCAGACACCAGGGGGCGAUAGAGAUGAUUUGGCUUCACUUCAGGGAGGCGUCAUGUCGUCCAUCUUUAUUUGCAGCCUGUCUGUCCUCUCUGUCCAGCUGUGGUGUCUCGGGCUUAUGGGAAAUUGAGUUUUUCAAAAGCGGCUAAAAUCAGGAAUGUUGAUUGAUCAACUAAAUUAAUUAGUUUUGAUAAAAACAAUGUGAGAUAAGAGACGAGACGACAUCAUCGUCGUUACUGAGCUGAAAACUGACGUUAAGACGUUUUGUCAUUUAUGAAUUAAACAAAGGCAGAAUAUGAUUCUUAUGAUGCGUUCACUGGAGGUGGGAGUUCACAGACCUACACAAACAUCUGGACGUUCUUUUCUAUCAUCAGUGUGUGUGUGUGUGUGUGUGUGUGU